AACCCGCACAUGAAGGAGGUCGGUGUGUGCGUGAAGUAAAUAAAAAAAACCCUCUCAUAUUAACACGGAGAUCUAAUGAUCGGUCAGUGCGUGAUUUCAUGGCGCUGCCGUCACCGCCCAGCGCGCACGGAGCCCGCAUCCUUCAGCCCGAGGGACGUGGAUCCACCGAGUGUCUUGUGAUGUGAUGUGACGUGAAGGACCCCUGGAAAUAACAGACUCGCAGUGGGAGCGAGACGGAGAGGAGAGGCUGCCUGCUGCGCUGCGGAGCUCAUGACACACGCCGAACCAGCAGAAACACGCUCGCUCACAACAAAGCUCCGGGCCUCGUCUGUCUGGCUCAGUGGAAGCUCGAGACAGUUCGCCGUGCCGAGGGGAGACGGAGAGGAGGAGGCCUAGCACUUUGGGAUCCGAGCCAAUGACCUGUAGGAAGAGAGAGGCAGAGUGAAGGCUUGAUUAAAAUGGGGCUGCGGACCCUCGUACCUUCUGACUGUGUGUCUGAGUGCCGCUGGCUCAGCCCACAGCCAUGCCAGACGUGAGGCCUCCACCACCAUGUGACGACCUCGCCACGUCUUCUGCUGCAGCCUCUGCCUGCCUUCCUCUGGCUGCACCUCUCCCCUCGACCUUAUUAUCGACAUGGAGCCCUGCAUCGCCAACCUCCCCCUGUCCCCGGACCGGCUGUCCUCCUUCCCCCGACACAGACCCGGCGCUCCUCACUACCCGGGCCUCCACGGUCCUCCCUUCCCUCUCAUGGCCAGGUGUAACAGCAGCACCCUGCUCACUAACCUGGGGCUGAGGUACUGCUCCAGCAGGCAGGGCCCUGUGGGGGUGGGGCUGGGUCCGGGGAUGGCCCCGGGCUCCUGCAGCCACGCAGGAAGCAAUGGCAGCAGGCCAUACAGGAGUAUGGAGAACCUGAACUGGAACAAUAUGGCAGAUUCAGGCCUGUGUGCGUUCAGUGCUGCCCCCUACAGGAGCAUGGACAGUGAGUUUAUUUUGCGCUAUACAUCUACAAGCCACUGGUAUGACGGGCCCCCAGACGGAUCUGUGCUGGGGGCCCAUGGACUGUUACCUCACUCGGACAGCCUGGCAUUUAACCCUCGACAUGGGCUACCCAGGAAGGACCUGCCACUCUUCCCCCAGUUGCUUUUUCCAGGUGGCGUUGACGAAUGGGAUGCCAGAAAAGGCCUGAGGGAGAAACUCCGCCUUCAGAGUGCGAGGUCAGCAGUCGAGUCUCUGAAGCCCCUCCCACUGCGGCCUCAGAUGACCCCAAGUGCUACAUCCAUCGAAAAAGAGGGUGGGCAUCACGUGAAUUCAACAGUUGCUGGUUCCAGGCCGCUGUGCACGAUGCGCAUCACCAACCCUGAGGAGAUCAAGCAGGAGGUCCUGAGGCGCCUGCAGCUGCGGCGACAGAACAGCAGCCCCAACCUCACUCUCCACAGCUCCCCGGCUACCCCCAAAGUGGUUAAAACAUCCUGCACAACCGACAACAUCGUGGGUAACAGGAACGGAUCGGAUUCUGCGUCUGAGUGCCGCAGGCCUCCUGUGGGACGUCUACAUAUCCCCACAUUCGAGGAGUUCAAGAGGAUGAGGCAGAGGGAGGGAGAGCAGAGCAAAGAGUCCACAGCCGGUUCUGUGGCGUCUGGAAAACCUGCAGCCGACCUUCAGGAUGUAGCAGCAUCAAAUAGUGAGAAAGCUCUGUCUGAUUGGAUUGUCCCUCAGUCAGGUUCUCCCAGAGACCCUGAGGAGGUGGAGGGCGAUAAGAGCACAAGUGAAAGGAUGGGCAGCAGUGAUGAAGACCUGCAGAUCGUCACCUCCUCAGAGAACCUUUCCUCUGACACUGUGAACAGUAACGACACUGCAGACCCCACCUCGUCCUUAGCCUUCGUUACCAGCACUUAUUCACCCAUCUGCACAGGCCCGUCUCCUCGUUCACCCCUACCGCCCCUUGCCAGCUCAGCCCAGGAGAAAGCCUUCACUGCAGGAGGAGAAGAUGGGAGCAGCCGGCGCAGGAGGAGCAGUCUGGAACCAGCUGGGUCGGUUCCUUUCCCACACGGCAGAGAGAACUGGGGCCGACCCUCCAGCUGCUGCCCGGCGCUACUUCUGGAGGGGACGGACCUGUCCAGCUACGGAGCCAAGAUUUACAAGAUGAAGGAUGGACUCAUUGGCUCAGCACUGGACCUAAUCAAGAAGAGCUGCAGUGCAGAGAUUUCCGCCGAGACCCCCGUCAGGCUGUCAGGUGACCGGCACGGAGACUGUGACAUCACCGCCCCCUCGACCGACUGUCAUCCCUCCGCCGUUGCCAUGGCAACGUCGGCAACGGCCUGCGGAGCCGAGGCUGGCGACGAGACGCCCGCAGGAGGAGGAGAGGCAGCAGGAGAAUGCCAGAACGGUCUGGGCUGCAGGCGCUCCAGCUCGGACGCGGCCUAUGAGCUGGCUGAGACGGUGAGGGCGCAGCGCGAGUGUCGCCUCCGGCCCCACUACAGCGACCCCAUGCCAGCCGACGCUUCUAAGCGCAAACAGCUGGAGAUGAAGAUCGCUGCCGCCGCCCGCCUCCACGGCCACCGCCGGGACCGUGACAGAGACAGUGCUCCAGCAGCCAUCCGGGGCCGCUCAGAGCCCCCUGGCGAGGAGCGUCAGGUGGGUCUGGGUGUGACCCGGUCGGGGCAGCACCGCUGGAGCACCAUCAGUAGUCUGAGCGCCGACAGCGGGGUGGUGGGUCUCAGCGACGAGCGGGAGGAGGAGGACAGCGAGCCUCGCCGUUACCGCAGGACCCGGGGGGCUGAGGUGGAGCGGGUGGACAGCGGCAUCGGCCCGGGGCUGUCCCGCACCUGGAAGAGACCGUCGGCCUCGCUCAGAGCCUGGGAGGCCCAGAGGCCGUGUCCGGACUGCGGCCUGAGGGACGGGGCGUCCAAAGAGCGAGGGGAGCGCAUGUGUGAACGCUGCUCCAAGCUGCGCACGGAGCGCAAAGAAGCCAUCCUGGAGUUCCUGAACACGGAGUCCAGCUACGGCGAGGACCUGCGGAUCAUCAAGGAGGAGUUCUACUGCCCCAUGCAGAGCGCCGGGCUGCUGACGGCCGAGCAGCUCGCCGUGGUGUUCGGUAACGUCCAGGAGCUGAUCGACGUCAACGACCGCUUCACCGAACACCUGCAGGACAGCAUCGACCAGGCCUUCGACCAGGGAGACGAGGAUCUGCUGACCGUGUACAUAGGGGAGAUCUUCCUGGAGUUCGUCAACAUGCUGCCCGCCUUCCAAACCUACUGCCUGCAGCAGCCCACCUCGGUCAACAUGCUCAACACGCUGGAGAAGGAGAAGGAGCUCCUCAGAAUCUUUUUGGAUGUCUCCCAGAACGACAAUACAGCACUGCGUCGUAUGAACCUGCGCUCUUUUCUCAUGGCGCCCCUCCAGCGCGUGACCAAAUACCCACUUCUGUUGAGCCGCAUCAUUAAGGUCACGCCCGAAUGUCACCCCGACUAUGCACGUCUCCGUGAGGCCAAGAGUCGGGUGGAGUCCCAUCUGGAGCACAUCAACAUGAAGACUAAGCAGGAGGGCAAUGGCGUCACAUGGUCCCUCCGAUCAUUCCGACGAGACAGCCGCAAGAACCGGGAGGUGAUCAACAUCGAGAUGCGGGAGAUGUCGAUGAAGACGGUGGGCUGGGCCCGAGAAAACACCCGCUUCGUCAUGGAGGGACCGCUCCAGCUCUCCCAGCCGGCGGAUGGUCAGUGGGUGAGGAAGGGAAGCAAGGCCCUCAAGUUCCAGAAUGUUCAGAGUCUGCUGAUGGUGAGGACACAGCGGGUGGGUGAGCCCCCAGGACCAGGCACCGACCUUGGGGCAUGGGGAGAUCAGGUGGAAGGUGGUGGAGAGAGCAUUCGAGACGGAGUGCUGGUUCUCAUCAAGGACAAAAGCAGCGGGAAGUUCGCGGUGCUGAGAGAGCCCAUCCGUCUGGGGAACUGCGUGGUGUCGGCGGAUCCCGACUCCGAGGACACAUUCGAGGUGCUUGAUAUCCGACGGGAGUCGUUUGUUUUCCGAGCCUCAGACAAAUCUCGCACCCAGCAGUGGUUCCAUCAGAUUAAGAGGUACACUCGAGACUUGGGCACCUGGAGGAAAAGACGCAACGCUUUGCCCAACAUCAUGAUCAACACAAACCAGACCCGCUCCUGAGACCAAGCAUCCUCCCGGCUUUAGCUUUUCUUACACUGUAAAUAACCUGGAAUCCUUCAACUGCAAAAUCAGCCAACAACAAGAAACACAUGAGAUUUCAGUAAAAAAAAACGUUUCAGGAGGAUAGAGACGGAUAAAGCACUUUUUUCUCUUUACAACGCUUUAAGUGCACCAUACUGUCAUAUAGUUUGAGGUUUUGGAUUUAAAGCCGUGACGUAAAAAAAAUCUAAUUCUCGGACAACCAAAAAAACUUGGGCUGUGCUCUUCAGCCUUGAUUGUAAAGACUGUUUUGCUCUCGGAGAAAAAGAGCCGUGUUUUCAGUAAAAUGAGGUGUGUCUGUUGAACAGCAUGACUGAACAUGACUGACUGCAAAAAAGAAAUGUCAUUUUUUUAUACGAGACAGUUCGGGGUGGGGAAAAACACGUUUGUUUUGGUAUGGCGUGGUGGACAUGUGGUACAUGAGCAUUAAUCAGUGGUUUUCCGUUUGUUGUACUGACCUCUCCUCGUCUGUGUGCCGCCACCUACUGUACGUCGGCGGUAGAGCAACUUUCACUGCCAGAGAUGCAGUUGAGCAGAGCCUCUUCUAACGCUGAGCGGACCUCCUGUAUCACUGUGUCCAAAACGAGAACUCAAACGACAGCAAUAAUAUCUGCCACUUUCAAAAGAAGUAGCUACUGUGUUUGUGUUUUAAUUUCCCAGGAUUUUCUGUUUGGCAUCAGGUGAUGAUGCUGCUUCAGUGCUCGCUGUGUCGGAUUCAACCCAAGUCUCAAAUCUGUUUGUCUGCAUCUUUACAGCUUCCCCUCUGAGGAACUCUCAUUGGAAUUAAGAUCAUCUUAGUGCCGUGAAAGCAGCUUGUGAGAAGUUUAGUCUCCUUCGUGUUAACAUCACGUCAAAUAGGUCAAACGCUAGUUUCCCUCACCGUGGGUUCAGUGCCGAGUUUUUCAACCUUGGGUUUUGGGACAGAUUAAUAGAUAUUUAUUUGUCUGGUCCAACACAAAAUUGACAAAAGCGAGUCUUCUCAUUUUUGUUUGAUCAACCCAACACUCCACCAACAAGAGUUUUUACCUCCAACAAGGAAGUUAUGUUUUUGUGUGCAUUUUGUGUUAAGCAAAAUCUACUCAACCGAUUUCCAUGAAAUUUUGUGGAUCAGUGGCCACAGUGACCAAGGAAGAACCCAUUCAAUAUUGGUGGAAAUCCACGUUUUUUUUUUACUUUCCUCACCAGUGCGAGAAGGGGUGUUUUUCAACAUCUGGGUUGAUUUCCCAAGGAACAUUUCAUGGAUCUUGAUGAAAUUGUAACAUCCAAAUAAAAAAUCAGGAUCUCGUGAUGGUGGAUCGUGAGGAUCAUGGAUUAUGGAUACAGCUAGAUUUCUCCCUCCAUCUCUGUCGGACAUUUUCUUUUUCUUCUUUGUACAAAUUCCAAACAUUGAUACACCUCUUCAUUUAUGCUGGACACUGUCUUUUCCCAUCAAUGCUGUAAAUAUUGUAAUUUUGUUGAUGUGUUCAGAGACACGUGACAUCUAUUGCACUUCUGUCCGUCCUGGAAGAGGGAUCCCUCACAUGUGUCUCUCUCUCUGAGGUUUCUAUGUCUUUUCUCCUCUUAACAGGGUUUUUCUGGAAGUUUUUCUUUACUAUUCCUGAGGGUUAAGGGCAGAGGACGUCGCACCUUGUUAAGCCCUGUGAGACAGUGAGUUGUGAAUAUGGGCUAUACAGAUAAAAUGUAAUUGAUUGAUAGCAAAUUUAAAUGUGGUGUCAUAAGGGGACUGUUGAGCCUUGGCGGAGGUAUGUGCUCUCCUGAGUGCCCUUCUAUUUUCAUACACAAUUAUAUAUUAGCAAGAGUUGAGGAUCAGGAACAGAAACUACAAAUAAAUAAAUAGUUUAAACAAUGUCACUCAAUAGAGCGCCUACCUCCGCCAAGGCCUAACAGUCUCCUUACAAUUAAUCAAGCCACACCAAAUUACACAUACUCAUACAUCAGUUCUCUAAAUGUGCCUGAAUAUUAUCAUCAAGAUCCAUGAAUUAUUCCCUGGGAAUUUUGGUGAAAAUGUCAAAAAAAUCUUACAAUUUUAAAGAAAGAGAAAUCCACCAGAUCCACCCCUUUGUUCAGGUCCAUGUGAAACUGUAACGAGUUCAUGUCCCAUCUUUCCAUCAAGUUUCUCCGAAUUCUGAUCAGUUACUUUUACGUAAUCCUGCUGAUAGACAGACAGACAGACAACAUAAGCUCCUUGGCAGAGAUAAUUAAUCACGAGUCAACAUUUGUGACUUGGUGUCAAUCAGUUCUCUGCUGACUUAUCGCUUCAUUAUCACACAUAAAUAAAACAGGUUUCCUGACGAACUCAACUCAAAAAUGUCCGAACCAUCUCGUCACGACCCGGUUCGACUAUGUGACCCAGCAAUGAGCUUUUGUGCCUUGGUACUCGGUUACUGUUUAGCUACAGCUGAGAUAUGGAUUAGACUGCCCUCUGCUGGCACUUGGUUGAGAUGACUAAUAAAGGCAAUAUAAGUGUAUUCCUCUGACAGUGCUUGGCUGCUGAUAACGUGUGAUCACCUGAUCUUCUUACUUCUGUGUGUUUUUACAUCUCCUGGUUGUGUUUAUUUAUGAAGGCUUUAUUUUGUUUAAUGCACUUUAUUAUUAUUAUCCAGUAAUAGAACAGUAGCUGUUGGUAAAACAUGAUACGCAGUCUUGUUAAAUCACAAUUCUUCAUAUUAGAAGGAACUUAGUCGACUGAAGCUGAUUUCAGUCAUCAAACCAAAACCACUUCUUAGGACCGAUGCUGUUUUAUGUUUUUAAUGACGUAGCACUAUGAGAGGUAGGGAAUCACUGUUCUUUGGAGGGCAGAGCUGCUCAACUCCACACCAACACUCCUGCACUGUUGGAGGAGGUCGGUUCAGAUUUACAAAUUGUAAAAAGACGACUGAACUGCAUUCCAUUACUUUCCUUUCCUCAUGUGCAUUUGAAAGGCCUAAUGUAUUAUGCCCCCAUGAAUUAUAUUAAAAGACU